GAGCAACGCCUCCUGGAAUGAAGUUUCUUUGAGGUGUUGGAGGAGCCUGAGCAACUAUGAGAGAGAAUCAGAGAAUCGGGUGGCAGAAAUGCACCAAAACCACCAAUGUCAAACAUUUGAGGUUCAUGAGGAGCCACGAUGCCCACACGCAGCCAGAGGAGCAAAUUCUCAUCAACCGCUAUGAUAUCAUUAGUAAAAAGGACUUCUGGGACAUGGAGGAGUUCAUCACCGGCAUGUACAUCAAGCAGCUGCUCCGACACUGGACCUUCCAGCUGCUGCUGGCCGUGCUGCUGGUGAUCAACGCCAUCACCAUCGCUCUCCGCACUAACGCCAUCCUUCACCAGAAACACUAUGAGUUGUUCUCUACCAUAGAUGAAAUUGUGCUGACCAUCCUUAUCUGUGAGGUUAUUCUCAGCUGGUUAAAUGGCUUCUGGAUUUUCUGGAAGAAUGGCUGGAACAUCCUCAACUUCCUUAUCGUCUUUACCUUGAUCCUGGCGCUCUUCAUCAAUGACCUCGAUGUCAUCUCUGUCACCUAUACCCUCAGGACGCUGCGUCUGCUGCACGUGUGCAUGGCGGUGGAGCCCCUGGCCCGGAUCAUCCGUGUCAUCGGGCAGUCGGUGCCCGACAUGGCCAAUAUCAUGGCCCUCAUCCUCUUCUUCAUGCUGGUGUUCUCUGUGUUUGGGGUCACUCUCUUUGGUGCAGCCGUGCCCAUGCAUUUCCAGAACAUGCACGUUGCCCUGUAUACCCUCUUCGUCUGCAUCACCCAGGAUGGCUGGCUGGACAUCUACAAUGACUUUCAGAUGGAGAAGAGGCAGUAUGCAGUGGAGUUUGGGGGAGCCAUCUACUUUGCCAUCUUCAUCACCAUAGGUGCCUUCAUUGGCAUCAACCUGUUGGUUGUUGUGGUGACCACCAAUCUGGAGUUAAUGAUGAAGGCAGGAGAGCAGAAGGGGCAAUCGCAUCAAAUGACCUUCAGUGAGAUAGGUGACCUGGAUCAGGAUAAGAAUAAUAAGCUGCCACUGGUGCACUGUGUGGUCGCCCGGUCCGAGAAGUCUGGCCUCCCCCAGGAACCGCUUGUGGGGGCUCCCCUGUCAAACCUCUCAGAAAACACCUGUGACAACUUUUUCUUGGUGCUGGAGGCAAUACAGGAGAACUUGAAGCAGUACAAGGAGAUUCGAGAUGAGCUCAAUGAGAUAGUGGACGAGGUGCGCUCCAUCCGCUUCAACCAGGAGCAGGAGGAGGAGCUGCUGCAGAGGCGCUGGUCACUGAGCCUGUCGCUGGAGAGCGGGUCCUCCAUAGACAUCCGAGAGGUGACCCGCGAGCAGGACUUGAUCACUGCACUCAUCACAAGAGACAAGGUUCAGGAGUCUACAACAAAUAUACUCCUUAGUAAACGUAAGGGCAGCCGCUGAGAGGCAGGAAGAUGCCAUGGGGCCUGCAUGCACACAUCCAGGCGCUGCAACUCCCUGCGUCACUAGCAUGACGCGUCGCUAGCAUGACUCGGCACAGCCUGACCUGAGCCCAUGCUCUUACACCUGGGCAGAAGCCUGGAACACAAGUCCAGGGGAGCCAGGAUGGAGAAGAGUGCUGGAUGAGAGUCGGAGCCUGAGUGCAGAAGGGGUGCUGGCCAAAACAGCCAGGGUUUGGUCUAAGAGUGGGCAUCCCUGGCACUUUGCUCUAGGCAAGAGCUAAAUGUGGCCGAGGUGUGCCCAAGCACUGAGAGGAAAAGGAUGAGGCCAGUGGGGCCAGGCAUCUAUGUGUUGCAAUAAAGUUUUGU